AUGCAGGAGGUGGACCCGUCCAAGCAGGACCAUCCGAAGUGGAUGCGCGAUAUGUGGAGCGAAAAGGUGCAGGCGGUUGACAAGAACGUCAUAGACAAGGAACUGGAGGCGAGGCUCGAGAGUAGACCCCCCGAGCUGGACCACGUGCAGCCCGGCGAGGAGCUCUUUGUGACGUUCGGCACAGCGAGCGUGACUGACUUUGUGCAGAACUGGCUGGAGUCUGCGGACAAGCUCGGACUCUCGCCGUUGUUCGUGGGAGCGCUGGACGAGGACAUGUACGAGUGGUGCAAGAAGAGGGGCGUGCCAUCAAUGCUCCUAAAAGGAAACACUGUUCUGAAAAACAGGGGCCAGCAGUUUAUCACCGCCGGGGAUAAGUCGUUCAAAAAGAUGGGGACAGUCAAGACCAAGUUCAUCCAGGACCUCCUGGAGCUGGGAAUCGCGCCCAUCCUGACGGACGCGGACGUGGUGUGGCUCAAAGACCCGAGGUCUUACUUCAAACGGGGAACGUACAUAACCGCCGACGUUCUCGUCAGCACGGAUUGCAUUGACGUACCCGCGGAUAGAAAAGACAACAACGGAUGCUCUCACGUCAACUUCAACACCGGCGUGCUUCACUUCAGGCCCACGGAUGCGGCGAAGGCGUUCGUGCAGACAUGGAAGACGAAGGUUGCGACGUCGACGAUCGCGUGGAUGAGGGACCAGCCCGCGUUUAAUUUGAUAACGCACGAGGGCGUUGGCGGGCACUCGUUGGAACCAGCCGUGUCCGUGCCGGAAGAAAGGCGCGGCACCGAGGGACACCGCAUGGUGUACUGGGCGGCGAACGCGUCGAUUCGACUCGGCGUGCUGCCCAACUGGCUCUUCGGCAACGGCCACUCCUACUUUGUCCAGUGGCACCACCUGACGCACCCCGAGGACGGCGAGCCGUUCAGCGUCCACCUCACGUACCAGUACGGCGACACCGGCUCUUACGCGUUCGGCAAACGCGAGCGGAUGCGUCAGGCUGGGAUCUGGCGGAGCGACCCGAGGGAGUACUUCGAGGAUGGAAAGUACCUCGUGGUCUCCGACGAGGGAUCGCAGGUUGACUUCAGCGGGGAGUCGCCCGGGGGCGAGGAGGUUGGAUCGGAUAGGAACGCGUACAGGACGGCCAUCGAUCGGCACCUGAGGGAGGACAAGCUUCGAAGGACGACGAUACGAAACGCGCUCGCGCUGGCCCGUGCCCUGAAUCGCAUCCUCGUCCUGCCCGAGGCGCGGUGCUACUGCGACAAGAUAUGGAACAACCUCAACGCGUGUCGCGCGCCGGGUGCGGAGUCGUUCAAGUUGCCGUAUGCGUGUCCCAUGGAUCACAUAUACGAUCUGCCCUCCUGGUUCAACCCGGGUAUGCCCGAUUUCCGCGAGCCCGGGUUUCUGGACGACCCGAGGGUGCCCGACGCCAUAAAAGCAUCCGUCGGGAGAGUCGUCGUCGAUCGCGACGGGGACACCCGUGCGGGAAAACCGGGCUGGGAUAUGAAUGAUGGAAAGGUUGUCAAGUUGCGACACGGUUUCACCGUCCCGGACGCUAAGCUUGCCCUCAAAUCCCUCGAGGAGAAGCGCGUGAUCGAGGUGGACUUUCUGGGUAACGAAGGGACGUUUUGCGGGUUUGGAGACGACGCGAAGAACAAGGAAUUCGACAGGAUCGUGGUCAAGCCGCUAUCGGCGAGCCAGUACUACUGCUUCACCGAGCUCUGGGAGGAUCAGGGCUCGCCGCGGGGUGGGCGCAACGGUCCUUACGAGCCGCAGGUUGUCCUGAGGCACUGCGGGAUGAUGGAAGACGACUUUAAGCGCGCGGGGAAAGUGCACGCGGGGGUGGUGGAGCACAUCGACAAACCGGACGGCGGAUGUUCGUGCGAGUGGGGCUUCGGCCUCCCGCGCGGACUCGCGCAUAUUUCCAAGGACGAGAGCAUCUGCCCGAGGCGGAACUCCGAUCAGCCCACUGCUGGCUAG